UUAAAAGGUUAAAUUAAAGCUAGAACUUAAAAGUUAGAAUCUGCCUGCAGUUCCGAAUCCAAAGUUUUUUUUAUGCCUUUUGUUUAAUUGAAUACAAUUGUAAAUAAUAUAUUAAUGUAAAUACAAUUUUGAAUCAUCUAUUUGAUAUGGAUGAAAAUGUAGAUUGUUUUGAAAUUUGUAACUUUCAUUUCGUAAAUUAAGUUUUAUUUAUUAUUUUGUUCUUAAAAUGCUGAUGUAGAAAAUUGAAUUGAUACAAAUUCUUUUAUUUUGUUUGAAUAUAAAACGCAUAAAUAAAAAUCCUUACAAAAUGAUGGCUGGAAAAGGUAAAAACAGUAAUGUAUAUUUAUAUUAUUCCUUGUUGAUAGUGCUGUUUACUAAUUUGUGUUUGCCAGCCUCAGAUAAUUCAUAAUAAUUUAUUUCAGUCAUGGAAACUGAGGAACAAAACAGAAUCAGAUUUCAAGUGGAACUUGAAUUUGUGCAGUGCUUAGCCAAUCCUAAUUAUAUUCAUUUUUUAGCACAACGUGGCUAUCUCAAGGAGCAGCCAUUCAUCAACUAUUUGAAGUACCUUCAGUAUUGGCGUGAACCAGAAUAUGCUCGUUAUCUGAAAUACCCUAUGUGUUUGCACUUCCUAGAAUUACUACAACAUGAAGCAUUCAGGAGGGAAUGUGUCUCCGCUCAGGUUUGCAAAUUUAUGGAUGACCAAGCUAUUUUGUUAUGGCAACAUUACACGCGACGGCGUACGCGUACCCUACAACCGCCGGAUGCGCCUGCGCCCCCCGCACCCCCUGCGCCGCCACAACAAGGACAACCAAGGCAACAAUCAUGAACUAAGUGCUAAAGUGAACAUUGAGUGAACAGUUAUUUAAAAUUAAAUAUGGAGUAUUGAAGUAAAUUAUUGAAAGUUUAAUGUUGCCUGAAAUUAAUAUCUAAGAUUUCUAUUUGGUGGUCUCUUUGGUUAGUAUUUGGUAAAGCUAGGAACUGGAUAAUGGCAACUAUUGCAGUUUCAAAUUCUCAAUAUGCUAGUGAUGACAGUUUCCGGGCAAAUCUCAUGUUCAACUAAAGCAUUAAUAAUCUUGAUGAUCAUGUUUCCAUUUUUCAUUAAAAGAAUAUUUGUAAGGCC